UACUUGUUUAUUUUUUAAUAUUUACAGACCAAUGCGAGCAGUUCCCUUCCCAACCUGAGUGAGCAGUUGCUGAAGGUCCAGUUUCUGAGUGGAAAUCCUUUCAAACUGAAAGCUCCAGCAACCUUCUGCCCCUUUGAUUCCUUCAACAGUGAAACAGAAGCUUCUGGAGAGAAUGAGGUUGUGAUCCCACAGGAUUUCCUGAAGAUGGAAGACAUGUUACAGACAUCUUUGCUGGCCCUGGGGAAGAUACAAGAAACUCUCCUUCAGGACAGCCAACCUUCAAUGAUAGUGACCUCCUCUCUUGCCACUGUAAUGCUAAAAAGGCAAAAUAUAUCAACUUUGUCUUCAAGCUCUUUUACUCUCCAUUAUCCAGCACCAAUACAUUUAGGCUUCCCAUCAGCCUCUGCUUUAGACAAUCUCCUGAGGAAGAACCAAAGUCUAAACAUUCAAGUUACAGGGCUAGCUUUUAAUCCCUACGAACAUUUUGAUAAGCAGAAUAUUGUUGGAAGUAUUGGAAAUGUGUUACUCACCUCUGAUCAUGAAUCUCUUCAGAUCCAAGACUUGUUAGAAGAAGCAGAGAUAAUAGUCUGGAGAGAUGGCAGCAUAGAAACCUAUCCCACUACCUUCAACAUGAGUACAGACCACUUUGUGAUCACUAUAAACAUCACUUCCCUAAAGGAAUCUCUGAUAGUCUUGGUAGAGCCUGAAAAUCCUCUUUCCAUCACACUCUAUCUUGGUUUCCAGUAUCAACCUAAUAUUACUCAUUUUCAACUAAACAUCACCCUCCCAAAGGAACAGCUAUGGGAGAAAGAUGAGAAGUACUCGUGGGUGCUUUCUCCAGAAAAUCUGCGGCAUGGAACAGGUACCUACCAUAUAACAGCUAUGGUGAAUGAAAGCAAGAAGGAGCCAAAGCAGACAUCUUUGGGAUUCUCAGUCACCACAGCAACCACCCAGUGUUUUUUCUGGGACCUUCACAACAAGACAUGGAAGAGUAAUGGCUGCCGAGUAGGGCCCCAGAGCACCAUCACCAAGACCCAGUGCCUCUGCAGCCACCUGACCUCUGUUGGCAGCUUCUUUAUGGCCUUGCCCAGGACAGUGAACAUCCAAGACACAGUCAUGCUCUUUCAUAGAGUGGUCCACAAUCCUGUUGGUGUGGCCUUGCUGGCUAGCCUUUUGGGAUUUUAUAUCAUUUUCAUUGUAUGGGCCUGGAGAAAAGAUAGAGAGGACAGGAAGAAGAUAAAAGUCACCAUCCUGGCAGAUAACUCCCCCAGCUCUCAAUCUUACUACCUCAUUCAGGUCUUUACUGGAUAUCGUAGAAGGGCAGCUACAACAGCUAAGGUUAUUCUGAUCCUUUACGGGUCAGAGGGGCGCAGUGAUCCUCACCACCUAAGUGACCCCCACAAAGUCGUCUUUGAAAAAGGGGCACAAGAUGUCUUCCUUCUCACAACCAGAUCCCCAUUAGGGGAGCUGCACAGCAUCCGACUCUGGCAUGAUAAUUCUGGGACCAGCCCAUCUUGGUAUGUAAACCAAGUAAUCGUCAGUGACUUGGCCACAAAGAAGAAGUGGUAUUUCCUAUGUAAUUGCUGGCUGGCUGUUGACCUGGGAGACUGCCGACAGGACCAGGUUUUCACAUCAGUCUCAAAGAAAGAACUUCUUUCUUUUAGACAUUUAUUUUCCUCCAUGAUUGUAGAAAAAUUUACCCAGGAGCACCUGUGGCUGUCAGUGGUGACCUGCAGCCCCUGGAACCAGGUCACGAGAGUCCAGCGCCUUUCCUGCUGCAUGACAAUCCUUAUUUGUAACAUGGUCAUCAACAUCAUGUUCUGGAAGCUAAACAGCAUGGAGGACAGAGAUAUGGAGGACAAAGUAGGACCUUUUGCUGUGACCUGGUCUGAAUUACUCAUCAGCAUCCAAACUUCUUCUAUCCUCUUCCCAAUCAAUCUUAUCAUUGGGAGAAUCUUCCCACUGAUUCAGCGACAAGAGAAGAUUCCACCUCAUUUCAUUCCCAUUCAGGCAUCUUCUAUAUCAGAUACAACUUUAGUAUCUGUAACUACUCAAAAAAUAACUGAGGAGCUGAAGGAAACAGUGGGAUUUUUGCAUUUGAAAAAUUCAUGCUCGCCUUCCGAGUGGGAAGGCUCCAACUGGAAUUCUGACAGUGUUCCAGACCUCUUCAAGCAGCUGUCCAGCCUCAUUCAUUCUCACCUAGACAGGCAAGGAGGCCGAUGGCAGCAGACAGGGUCACUUUUUGCAAAUGAGGUUCCAGAAAAUCUCCACAAUUUAAACCAUUACUUGCUCAGAGUCCUGGAGAGGCUGCAAUCCCAGUGCAGGACACUUUUGACAAGCCCAUCCACAAAGUCCCAUGACUUCCUGGACUCAGCCAGCCAGCUACAAAGUCUCAGGGAGCUUGUGGAGACCCACAUUCUCUCCAAGGCCCGCGACCUCUGCAGUGACAUCACGAGUUUCCCUAUUCUGGACUCAGAGGAAGAGAAGCCUGCCCUCUCCAGCUACCUGCCAAAAUGGUCCAUUUAUAUCUGCUGGCUCCUUCUGGGUGUGACAAGUCUGGUCUCAGCCUUUUUUACAGCUCUUUAUAGCCUAAAACUGAACAAAGAUCAAGCAACCAGCUGGGUCAUUUCCAUGGUACUUUCAGUCCUCCAGAAUAUCUUCAUAAUCCAGCCAGUGAAAGUGACGAUACUCACAGUGUUCCUCUCACUGUUGCUGACAAGAAUAUCAUGGCACAACAAAGAAAAGGAACAACAGAUGAGAAAGAUCUUGGCUCUCCUGGCAAGAUGUCCCUCCUUGUCAUCACCUGGUUUAAGAGAUGAGAACAAUCCCAUUUAUAAAGUCCCUGCUGUGACCAGCCCAGUUAUAAUUCCAGAAAGAACCAUGAAAGAGAAGCAACUGUUCCAACUGGCGAGAGAAAUUUUCGUACAAAUCCUCUUCCUUGUAAUGUUGAUGAUUUCCGCUCAUUCAGAAAGGACUUACAACAAGUUUUACCUCAAUCAGGCCAUCCAGAAGAGAAUUAAUAAUCCCUUUGAAGAGAUCAAACGUAUUAAACACUUCUACCAGUGGACCAACAAAACCCUUAUUCCUAACCUGUAUGGGAAAUACAGAGGUUUUAUCGCUGAAGGAAAUUCCUUACUUAUAGGUAGUGUCCAAAUUCGCCAGAUCCGGAUUCCUGAUGCUGUAUCCUUUCCAAAAAGAAUUUCUCCUAGUGAACAAGUGAAGUUUUAUUAUCAGUAUCAGGAGGAUCAAAAGAAUUAUGGAGUUAACUGGACCCCUCUUGAUCUGAAUAGUACAAAUCAAGAGAGCAUUUGGUGUUAUCAGAAUGAGGAAGUCUUGGGUGGAUACCCUAUCCAAGGGCAGUUUGCAGUCUACUCAGGAGGAGGUUAUGUUGUUACCCUUGGGAACAACUCUAAGGACAGUAACAGAAUUCUUCAGCAUCUGAAACAAAAUCAUUGGCUAGAUAGACACACCAGAAGCCUCUUUGUAUCAUUUGUUGUCUAUAAUGCUAAUGUGAACCUCUUCUGCGUGGUGACCCUGAUUCUGGAGUCCAACGGUGUGGGAGCUUUCUUCAAUUCUAUCAAAGUGAACAGUUUACAGAUCACUCAGACCCACAGAAGUUUCAUCUGGUUCACUGCCUCGAAUGUUAUCUAUUUUCUGCUACUCUUUUAUUACAUCUUCAUACAGGUGUCCCGGCUGAGACAACAAGGAUGGAAAUACUUCACCAAGAAAGGCAACAUCCUGGACACGAGCAUAAUCCUCAUAACCUUUAUAAUGCUGGUACUCCAGGUGAAGGGGGUUUUUUUGCACAAAAGAGUCAUGGAUCGGUACCGUCAUAAUAAAAGUAGAUUCAUCAGCUUCCAUGAAGUUGUACAAGUGGCCUUUGCUCUCACUUACCUCCUUGGCUUCCUGGUCUUGCUGACAACCAUUCGGCUCUGGAGCCUGCUGCGGCUCAACCCCCGACUCCAGAUCAUCAGCACAACUCUGAGGAGAGCUUGGGAUGAGGUGGUCGGCUUCUUGCUGAUCAUUCUGAUCCUGCUGACAGGCUACUCCAUUGCCUUCAACAUUCUUUUUGGAUGGAGCAUUGCUGACUACAAAACCUUUUUCAACUCAGCUGUAACUAUUGUUGGCCUUCUGAUGGGGAUCUUUGAUUACCAUGAGGUUAUCACCUUAGACCCAGUCCUGGGCUCCUUUCUGAUCAUCACCAGUGUCAUUUUGUUAGUGCUUGUGAUCGUUAACCUUUUUGUUUCUGCAAUUAUGCUGACCUUCAGGAAGGAGAGAAAGUCCAUUAUGAAAGAAGCACCACUUACAGAAAUUCUGCUGCAGAAACUUUCCAAUUUGUUAGGAAUACGGAGGCCUCAAAAGGCGCCAGAGCAAAGAGUCCCAGCAGCAGCAGGCACCAACAUGGAAACUGCAGAGAACGAACUAGCUUGACUUUCUCUUUCCCCAUCCUUGGCU